AUGAUUGAAGAUGUUAUAGUUUCCGAUGCCCUCCAUUUGUUGGAACUGGGAGUAAUGCGAAGGUUAUUCAAUGGAUGGCGGACAGGAUCAAUGACAAAACGCGCUAAGUGGAGUACAACAGAAAAAGCUGAAAUUUCUCAAUUUCUUGAAAAAAUACGGUUUCCGAAAGAAAUUCAUCGUCGAAUGCGACCGAUCGAACUAGCAUCCCUUUGGAAAGGCUUAGAAUACCGUAAUUUUCUAAAUUAUGUUGGUUUAGUAAUACUUAAAGAUUGUUUAACUGAAAAGUACUAUCAACAUUUUCUCGUUUUGUUUUGCGCGGUUAGAAUUUGUUCGUCUGAAACGUACAAACAUAUUUUACAGGUUGCCAAGGACUUGUUCAUCGAAUUCAUAAAUAGUUAUAAACAUCUUUAUGGUUUGGAAUUCCUUACAAGUAAUGUGCAUAAUUUGUGUCAUGUAGUUGAUGAAGUAAGUAGGUUUGGAUCUCUAUAUACUCUAUCCGCCUAUCCGUUCGAGAACUAUCUUCAUUCAAUCAAGAGAAUGCUUCAUGCAGGACCACUACCUCUUAAUCAAAUUGCCAAUCGUUUAACGGAACUCACCAAUAGUGCAACCUCGAUAAUUUUUAGUGACACUUGCCAGACAAACACAAGAACUGUUCACGCGGUAGAGAAAACAGAAUCCAAAAUAACAAUAACCCUAACAGAUUUCAUUUUGAGUACAAACUUUGAAGAUAAAUGGGUUCUAAUGAAAGAUUUGUCGAUAGUUUGUUUAGAGAACGCUGUGAACGAUAGCUUGGAUUGGAAGUUAAAAGGUCGUUCAAUAUUAAAUAAGUUUGACUUCUUCGAUAAGCCGUUUAAAUCAUCGUAUAUUCAUAUAUUUUCAGCAAGUAGAGGAAAAUGCAAUUUCUCAAAAGAAAAACUAUACGACAUAAGCUGCAUAAUGUGCAAACUAGUUGCUAUUGAACGAAAAAGAGAAAUUGUAUUCAUUCCUCUUAUCCACACACUUGCAUAG